AAUCCCCGGAAGCUAAUUGCAGUUUUCCGAGCCUUAUGAGCAAAAUUUGGAGCAUUCAUGGAGCAGGAGCGCUUGUAGCUCUCAGCCUGACUCGAAUGAAUCAGCCAGAGCACCAUCGUAUAUAUACCUAUGAGAACGCGUGGAUACUUCAUGUCAAACGUCCCAGAGCAAACCCUCGACGCCUUGAAUCGACGUGAUAUUCACAAAUGGCUAUUCGAGUUUCCUGCUUUCUCAAGAAACGCCCUGAUAUGACUUUAGAGCAGUUCAGCGAGCACUGGAACGGACACGGAAACCUCUUCACCUCUCAGAAGGCGAUGAAGGACAAUGUGGUCCGUUACAACCAGUUCCAUCUUGCUCCUCAACACAGCGAGACGUUGGCUGCUGCCGGAUUCCCGAUUGCCCCGUACGACGGUGUGGCAGACGUUUACGUCGAUAAGAUCGAAGAUGUGUUCGCUAUCUUCGCUGAUGAAGACGUCCAGAAGAACGUCUUUGCCGACGAGGUAAACUUCCUCGAUAAGUCGCAGAUUCAAGCCAUUCUCGUGGGCGAAGAUAACGUAAAAUGGGAGAAACCUCGAGCUUAGUACAUUAUCGGAGCAAUGUGAUGUUUCUCGGUGCUUCCAUUUAGG